GUUUCCAUUCACUUCCACAUGACGCCAUUUACUGCAUGAACCCCUGCUCCCCCGGAAAGAAGGAAAAUAAGACCAGAAACUCUGGGAAGCGCUUGAGUUUGUGAAGCAACAAAACACACGCUAACUUCAGCAGCGUUUUAUGAAAAGUAUCCAGCUGACACAAGUAUGGUUCUGCAGUCUUCAAACUGCCAGCAAUACCGAGGGGAAUUUUAAUGGAGAUUUACAAUCGAGUUUCGGUUAAUUAUGAGCGGUUUUAUCUUACUUUUUUGCAUAAAGUAGCCAAGCAGCUAGUUGAUUCGAAAAGGACUUUAGGAUAGCAUACUUAGUUGGAUUUGUUGUUAAACUGGAACCAAUUAUUCACCAUUCUGCGGUAUUCUGGAUGAGUAGACUACUGAAGGUUUUCAUGAAUAAAGUUUCCGAACAGGAUUUCCUACUGACGAAAAGCAACAACGAGGGUGACAGUGGUGCGAACCAGGACUUCAGAUGAGUUCAAUACCUGCAAGAGGGGUCCAUCUUCAGUGCAAAGAUGGAGGUGGGAACUCAGAGCAGCAGUGGGUCUCUGGCUGUGCCUGACAGUAGGGGGCAGCAUGCUGGGGAGCCUGGUGCCAGAGAGCCAGGGUGCCAGCAGGUACUCGUGCUGUCCCUGGACCAGAUCCACGCUGUGGGGAGCGCCAAUGAGUACACCGAGGGGCCUACGGUGGCAUCGGCCAGGCCUGGGAGUCACCAGGCCGUUCUACAGCCACCUCCGCCUCUGCAGAAGCCUGAGCCGGAGCGAGACUUAGCGCCUGAGCUGCACCAGCAGAGGUCUGCCACUAGGGAGCAGCACCAACAUCGCCGCCUGUCCUCACCGUCGGCCGUUCCCACACAGUCGCCAAUCGGCGGGUCCCACGGUAGCGCCUCAGUUGAGCGGAGGGUCCCGGGCGACCCCGCUUCUGGCCAGGUUGCUACGGCAUCCCCCAAACCGUCAAAACCAAAGCAGGGGGAGCAGAAGCUCUUCGAGGAAGAAGAACAGGGCGAAACAGGGAGCGGCACUCCGGGCAGUGGACACGCCCCCCUGUGCGAGGUCUGCGGCCUGUGUACGUGCGAGGAGUGCGCGUUUCCGCGGGCGCUGCCCUCCUGCUGGGCCUGCCAGCACCGCUGCGUCUGCUCGGCCCAGAACCUUCUGGAAUACGCCACCUGCGUCUGCUGUGUGAAGGGCCUGUUCUACCACUGCUCCACCGACGACGAGGACGUGUGCGCCGACAGGCCCUUCUCGUGCGGCCCGUCGCGCCGGGGCCUGCGCUGGGCCGCCGUCGCCGUGGCGGCCCUCUUCCUGCCCUGCCUUCUCUGCUACCCGCCCGCCAAGGGCUGCCUGCGAAUGGUGCAGGGCUGCUACCGCCGUCUCAAAGGCCCGGGGGGCUGCAGGUGCGGACGCUCAAACGCCGUACGCAGAAGCAAUGCCGCCAGACAGUCCACGUAGAAUUGACAGCUUCUGUUUGUAUUGGUAUGUCAUCUUGAUUGUCAUCAUCAGUGGAAAUGACACGUUUAGCUGCUCCCACACUGAAUCCAUACUUAGAAUACUUUGCGAUCCAUAGUUUUCUGGAUUCCAUCAAAAUUAUUUUAUUAAUCCAAAAUGGAUCAUCUGUGUUCCGCUCUGCAGCUGUCUGAGGAAGGAAUAGUUUUGGUAACCCAGUAACCUCUUCAAUUGGGAAAUGUUUCUCAGCUCCAGCCAAUAGGAAGCAACCAAGUGUGCAGCUGUGUGAUUGGAAGGGAUGGAGCAAGUCAUCAUGUGAGUCUAGAAAAGGUGCUGUCCUGUUGGAAGAGGAGGGAACUUUUAAAAUGUAUUUUCCAUGGGAAAAUUUGCACUUACAAUGCACAGAAUUAUACAAAAAACGAAGCAUGUUCUUGAAGUACACAAGGUCUUCCAAUCCUACAUCAUUGGGUUGGGAUUAUGAAAAUGUUUUUUUUUUUUUUUUAAGGUGCAAUGUUUCAAAUAAGGGACCUUUGAAGAUAAGACACAUUUAUGUUAAUGUUGAAACUGAAGUCAUUUAUGUAACUCCUGAUAACAUGUAGUAUGUCAGAUAAGCUUUCACCUAUAAAUUUACAUGACCAAUUUUCUGUGAAAUGGAUUUUGAAAAUACACAAAGUAGUUUUCUACCGUUUUUUUGUAUGUCAAUUGUAUAAUUCAAAUUAUGUAAAGUAAUGAAAAGAUAUUAUGAAAGUAAAACGUGUAUCUUGCAUAUAUGAUUAUUCCCCUCCUUAUAAAUGUAAUUUUUUAAUUGGCCUUUAAUCUUUUUUCUAAUGUUUCAAUAUAUUGUUUAGUGUAAAGAAUAUUUAUUUUUGAGUAUAUUUUAUAAAAAAAUAUAUUUAUUUUUUGGGGCAUUUUAAUACCUUUGCUCUAUUUUCAAGAAUAACUUGUAUACUUUGAGUGUUGCGGGGAUUGACGCAUGUGUUCAGUAAAAAAUAUAAAAUAUAUUAACAUUGACAUUAAAA